AUGACCACUCAGCCCCAAGGCCAUCUUCCCGCGGCGCCCAUGACCGCCCAGCAGCAGGCCGAGCGGCACCAGCAGCAGACGGCCGCGCACGAGCGCGCCAAGCUGCGCGCCCGCAAGCCCACCGACAAGACCAUGCCUGACGGCGUCGAGGACUGCGUUGUCAGCGACGGCGUGCAGCGGUACCGCGACCUGAGGGACUUUGAGAGGAGGCUCGAUGCGACCAUCACGCGCAAGAGGCUAGAUGUCGUGGACUCGGUGGGCAGGAAUGCUAAGCGUUUCAAGACUCUGCGCAUAUGGAUCUCAAAUACCGUCGAGGACCAGGUCUGGCAGGCCGGCGAGCUCAACGCGGAUAGCUUCGACUUCUCCACAAACAAUGAAUCCUCCUUCCGUGUCAAGAUUGAGGGCCGGCUGUUGGACGACGACGACGACGAAUUUGACGAGGAUGACGAGGAUGAGGCGGAGGAUGGCGUCGAGGAGGAUGCUGAGGAGAAAAAAGUUCCCAAGGAGGACCCCGAGGGUGGUGCCGAAGACAAAAUGGACACAACAGAUGCGCCAGCCCAGAAGAAAGCCAAGGCGAUCGAGGCCACGAAACCCCCACAACCUCGUUUUUCCCACUUCUUCAAGGCCAUGACGGUGGAGUUCGACCGCAGUAAGAUGCGCAACGGCGCCGAGCAAAGUGUGGAGUGGAAGAAGCCGGACAGGAUAGCGAACUCUGCCACUCCGCCUGCUGCCGCCGACUUUGACGAGCUGACGUUCAAGAGGAACGGAGACGAGAACAUGAACAUCACGAUCAAUCUGUUCAGGGACGAGGUGCCGGAACGAUUCGAGCUUAGUCCCGAGCUGUCCGAUAUCGUCGAUAUGCCUGCUGCCUCGCGUGCGGAGGUCGUCAUGAGUCUAUGGGAGUAUAUCAAGCUUAUGGGACUGCAAGAGGACGAGGAAAAGAGGCAUUUCCGGUGUGAUGAGCUGCUCAGAAAGAUUGUCCCGAGGGACCCAGGCCUGAUCCCAGAGCUUCAGAACUACAUCACUCCUCACCUGCGGCCUCUCCCCCCCGUCAAGCUCGCGUACACGGUACGCCUCGACGAGGAGUUCCACAAGAACCCCCAACCGACCAUCUACGACGUACUCGUGCCCGUCAGCGACCCCCUGCAGCCACGUCUGGCACGGUUCCUGCAGCAUCCACAGUACGGCAUGAUGCUCCAGCAGGUCAAGGGACUGGAUGAGCAGCUCGCCAUCAUGAUUCAGGCCAUCGCCGACUCCAAGGCCAAGCAUGUCUUCUUCAAGGGUCUGAGUGGCGACCCAGCCAAGUUCGUGCGCAACUGGCUCUCUUCCCAGAAGCGUGACCUGGAAGUGAUCGUUGGCUCGGCCCCGCGUGGUGGCGGCGAGGACGCAAGCGGGGACGAGUGGAGGAGGGGUGGAAAGGACAGUGUCUGGAGGACACAGAAUGCGCGCGAGUCUGUUCAGUAUCUGCUCACUCGGCGGCUCUAG